GGGGUCAACGGACGUGGGGAGGAAGCUACUGUGAUCUUCAAUAUUCGCAUAAGCGAAGCGAUUCCUUAAUUCUCAAUCAAACGCGCGCUGUAUUAUCAUCAUCGCAAAUCCAAGCAAGCUGUGUUCAUCUCUCUAGAUCUCCGUCUCAAAGUAAUCUUUUUGAUUAUGUCAGCAACCGGGAGAUCGAUGAGCAUGUCAGAGUUUAUGGACAAGCAGAUAAUGGAUCUGUCCAAGUCUAAUCUAAAUGAAGACGUAAUUGAUCUCGUCGAUCCUCACGAAUCCACUACCAACAAGGAAGAAAUCGAUCCCACUUCUAAUUUCGAGUCUAUUCGUCCAACAGGGAUUGAAUUGGAUCGCGAUGAUCAUAUCAAUACCGGAGUUAGGGUUUGGAAGUCAGCCGAUUCCAUCGCUGAGGUUUCUGGUAUUGCCAUUAAGAACUAUGACUCCCUUGGUUCUACUGGACCAUCGAAAUUCACUACUGAGAAAGAUCGUAUUGACCAUAAUGCAGUUUUAACAUCUGAAAUUGAAGGAAUAAUGAGAAUACAUACUGAAAGUCUAAUGAAUGCACUGAAUGGUCUCAGUGCACGCUUAUCUCAGUUUGAAAGCAGAAGUCGUCACCUUGAGAACUCAGUGGAUGACUUGAAGUUAUCUAUUGGGAACAAUCAUGGUAUUGCUGACGGUAGAUUGAGGCAGAUAGAAAAUGUUCUUAGAGAGGUACAAUCUAGUGUACAAGACAUAAAAGAUAAGCAAGAUGUAACGGAUGCACAUAUUCAACUCUCUAUAAUGCAAAUAUCAAAAACGGGGCAGCAAUCUCAGUCUGAGACUGCAGCUGCUUCUGCUCCCGAAUCAAAUCUCCCACAUCUUCCUCCUGCCGCAAUCCCACAAGCCCCUCCAUCUUUCCAGACAGUUAAUGCAUCUCUAUCAGGCCACUUGAUCCCUCCUGGUCAGAUUUCUUCAGUUCCUCAAGGUGAUCCAUACUUCCUUCCUCAACCUGUUCAAAUACAAGAUGCCACGGUUCCUCAAUACCAACAGCAUCUACAACCGCCUCCAAUGCUCAUAGCACCACCGCAGCAACAGUAUCAACAACCUCAGGAAACAGCACCUUAUCCUCCUCCUCCUCAGACCUAUCAAUCAAGCCUCCUGCAACAACACCAACAACAACAGCAACCACCACCCACUAAACUACCCAGUGGAGCUCCUUUUCAACAGUUUUAUGGUGCACCAUAUGACCACCACUCACCAUCUAGUAGAUUGGGUUCGGGAUUUCCUCCUACUUCUUAUGAACAAGCAUCACCCGGAAAUGGAGAUGCAUAUCCUCCUCCCUAUCGUGGGUCUCCUCAAUAUGGUGCUGACUUUUCGAAACAACAACAAUCUUCUGUUCCUCCUCCAUCCCAGGGUGGUGGCGGUUACAACCAACUUCCAUCCGCUCGUAUAUUACCAAAAGCACUGCCAACUGCCUCUCCUGUGGGUGGUGGUGGUGACGGGUCUAGUUCAGGUGGUGGUGGUAACAGGGUACCUGUGGAUGAUGUGGUUGAUAAGGUAACUACCAUGGGAUUUCCAAGAGACCAGGUGAGAGCGAUAGUUAGAAAGUUGACCGAGAAUGGUCAAUCUGUUGAUUUGAAUACUGUGUUGGAUAAGUUGAUGAACGAUGGUGAAGGUGGUUGGUAUGGUCGUAGGUAGGUAAAUACUAAAUAUUAAUGUGUAAUAUUUAAGUCAAUUACUCUGGUUUUUUUAUGUAAACUUUCUCUCAUUUUGAAGUGCUGCUUAUGCAGCAUUUCAUAAAAGUAUUGACUUGGAGUUGAGAUUGA